AUGCUAUUCGUGGCAAGAAAUACAUCGAUACCAGUUCCAAAGGUCUACUGCAGUUUCAAGCAUAAGGACCGUGUGUAUAUUCUCAUGGAAAGAAUCGCCGGCCAAGACCUGUCGCAAGGGUGGACACAAAGGUCCGAAGAGUCCAAGGCGCGCAUCCUUGCACAACUUAAGACUAUGACGACAGAACUGCGAAGCCUUACUCCCCCAGAUGGUAUCGGCAUCGCCAACGUAGAUGGAGGACCCAUCUUCGAUCAACGUCUUCCUGACAAAUCCUUCUGGGGCCCUUUCGCAACAAUACAAGACUUCCAUCGGGAAAUGCGCCAUGGGCUUGAAGUCGGGGAAAAUGAAGAAGCCCUUCCGGGUCUACGGAAACUUAUCGAAUUUCAUAAUGGGUCAUGGCAGAGACCAGUCUUCACCCAUAGCAACCUUAGCAGCCUCAACAUCAUGGCGGAGGACGAUACGGUUACUGGCAUCGUGGACUGGGAGUCAGCCGGGUGGAUGCCGCCGUACUGGGAGUACACAUCAGCUUGGCACGUGAAUCCACGGAAUACCUUCUGGCGGGAGGCUGUCGAUGGGUUUCUUGAGCCUUUACCACAUGAACUGGAGAUGGAAACGAUACGUCGGCAAUAUUUUGGUGAGUUUUAG